UUGUGUAUGCAGCGCGGGUCAGUGGCGCGUGUAUAUGGGUGUUUUGUGAAGAUCCUCUCUAUCACGGAAAGCCACGGAGUUGCAUGAAUCUGUCUGACUAACGGGCUGUGUUACGUGCUCACCAUGGAUCCAGCUAAGCUGAAAGUGGUGGAACUACGAGCGGCACUAGCAGAACGCGGUCUCGACGUCAAGGGCAACAAGCCAGUGCUCGUCGAAAGGCUACGCAAAGCGUUGGAGGAGGAAAACCAGGAGCAUGUUCAAGAUAAAUUAGAUUUGCACACAGAAGAUAUAAAUGAAACAGUGUUGAAGGAAGCACCUGAAAGAGUCGUGGAAUCUACAAGGUCUUCACAGCCUCCGAGAACACCUAGUAGAGCAUCUAGGAGUUCUACGAUGGUGACUCCGACAAAAGUUUCUACUAGAAAUGCAUCGAGGACUGCUACAACUUUGAAUUCUUCAAAGCAAUCCUCUCCGAACAAACCUCAGUACACUGAGAAGAGACACGAGGUAUUAGCAACAAUAUCAGAGUCUACCUCCGAGGAACCUUUAGUACAACAAGAGGAAAUAUCAAAAUUAUCUCCUGAGAAGUACAGAGAAGAACAAAAAGACAUCGCAUCAAAUAUUGUUCAAGACAAGAUUCAUAUUCAGACGCCAUCUGAGAAACCUCAAAGGAAAGAAAUAAAACGUGUUGAUGUUUUAGAAGGUGAUAAGUGUGAGGCAAAUGUUUCCCAAGUACCUGCAAUAGAACCGUCUGAGAAAUCUAGUACAAUUGAACAUGUAGAUCAGUUUUCUAGAACUCGGAAAGAGCAUGAAGCAGAGGAACUUUGUAUAGAUAAGUUUAGCGAAGUUCAGCAAUCAUUACCAAGAGCAUUGGUUGAUGAAACGAAAGAUGCUAAAAAAAUAGAUGAAAAGAGAGACAUUAAGGAUAUAGAUAUUGAUAAAGUGCAAGAUGAUAAUUUUAAAAAAGAUAUUGAAAAGAAAAAUUUAAUUCAGAAAGAGAAUAUUGAACAUGUAGAGGAUACGUGUAAUGUUAAGGAUAAUGUAGACAUUCCGGAAGUUGAACGGCCAACACAUGAUACUUCUGAUCAGAUUGACAGAACAUGUGAUGUCGGGUUAAAGGACGAAAAACAAACUAUUAAUGACCAUCUUACAGCACAAGAAAACAAAAUAGAUGUUUCGGAUAAUAUAAAAGACAUAGAUGAGAAAAUAGACAAUUCUAAUAAUCCGCAAAACGAGCAGGAUAUGCAAAUGGCGGAGACGAAGCAAGAAGAUGCCAAGUUAAACACAGACGAGUCAAAUCAAAAGGACUGUAAAGACAGGAGAAGAAAAAGGUCUCUUAGCCCAUUGGAAGUCCAUCAGACGUCUCCUGCUCCAUACAAACCCGAGGAAGAGCCAGAUUUUGAUGAAUAUGCUGUAAUUUUAUCAUAUUACGAUUCGGACUUAAAUUUAGUCAUCAGUAAGGAUGGAUUUUAUUCUGCAACACCUAUGCACAAUGACGAUCUCUGUCACAUGUGGGCCGGCACGAGAGCGUCUUACGGUUUUGCAAACGGAAAGGUGUACUACGAAACUAAAAUUACAGAGAACUGUCCCACUAUCGUGCAAAAUAAAGAGCAGUUGCACAUGCUCAGGCUUGGUUGGUCGACUCUCGACGCGUCGAUGCAACUUGGCGAAGAAAGAUUCAGUUACGCGUACACGAGCACCGGGAAGAAAGGUACGGACAAGGGGUUCACUGAUUACGGAUCGUGCUUUGGCAAGGAUGACGUGGUAGGAUGUUAUCUUGAUUUGACACCUGACAACACCGUGGAAUUGUCUUAUACGCUAAACGGCAAGGAACUGGGCUUCGCGUUCAGCAUCUCCAAAGAAGAACUCGGUGACGAGCCGCUUUUCCCACACAUCUUGAGCAAAAACUGCACAUUCGUCUGCAACUUUGGACAAGAGAAAACAUGGUGCGAGAAUAUUUCGGGUUACGUUCCAGUGGGCGUCGUUGAAUUGAAGGACCGGGUUGCCGGUCCGCGCAGACCAGAUAGGAAAGCCGAUUGCGAGAUAAUAAUGAUGUGCGGCUUACCGGCGGCGGGAAAAACCGCAUGGGCGAAGAAACACGCGGCCGAGAAUCCAGACAAACGCUACAAUAUCUUAGGAGUUGAUAACUUGGUUGAGAAGACAGGGGAUAUCGCUCUCUGUCAAGAACAGAACCAGUCUCGGCGGGACGUCAUUAUCGACAAAUGUAACCGUGCACUCGACGGAUUGUUGGACGUGGCUGGUGGCAGAAGACGUAAUUAUAUUUUAGACCAGAGAAGCAAUGUGUACUCUUCUGUGCAAAGGCGCAAAAUGCGUUACUUUUGCGGCUACCAGCGGAAAGCGAUUGUCAUAGUACCGGCGGAUGAGGAAUAUAUUCAACGUUUACUCACGCACGAUGCAGGGAAAAGUAUCCCAGAUUUGAAUCUUAUGGAAAUGAAAGCGAACUUUAUCGCACCUUCGGUGGGAGAAUUUUUCGACGCAGUAGAGUGGGUCGGACUUAAUGAGGAGGAGAGUAAGAAACUCAUCGAGAAAUACAACAAGGAAGGUAAAGAAGCUGGAUUCGGCCAGCAACAGCCAGCAAAACGAGCUCGUUUUGACAAGAACGAGGCUGGAAACAGGGAGAUACGCGAUUCGCGAAAUAACAGAGAUAUACCACGAGAUCAUCGUGACAGAAGGAACAAUUAUCAAGAUAGAGGAGGUCGCAAUCCUCCUUGGCGCGGUGGCAACAAUAUGGGAGGUUGGAGAGGAGACAGACCACAAAGGGGCGGAUACAUGAGACAUAGUAGUGGCUAUGGUCCUCCUGGUCCAUGGAGAAUGCGAGGACGAGGUGGGCCCGUGAUGCGAGGAGCGGACCGACGAAGCAGCGGUGUUGACAGGAGACAAGGAAAUGAUAGAAACCGAUCUGUUGCGACUAGGCAAGGGGGUUGGAGUCACAUGAGCGGUAGCUAUCAAGGAUCACAGCAAUCCGGAUGGGGCCAACAGGACAAUUGGUCUGGCGGCCAAUCGCAAAGUAACUGGAAUCAGCAAGGUGGAUGGGGCCAGCAACAAUGGGGGGGAGGUAGUUGGAAAGGAUAUGGUAGCGCCCAGGGAACAUACAGCCAUACAGCGGGAUAUAAUCAGCAGCAGGGCUACGGCAAUGGCAAUUGGAACAGUUGGAACCAGCAGUAUUACAACAAUCAGUAUUGGGGCCAGCAACAACAGAGUGGACAGACCACUGCAGCUGGCAGCCAAGCUGAAAUUGCAAGUGAAACGAUUGCAGCAACUUCCACGGACACGGGAGCAGGAUACAGUUAUUCGCAAGGCUGGCAGAGUUACACGCAAGGACGAACCACAGCCGCUCAGAGUGCAGCGACGUCGACCACGCAGCAGUCCCAUUCACACAAAUAAACAAAAGAGACGUCACGAUUACAUCAUUGCACACGCAUUCACAAGUGUUUGAAUUUCUUGCAACAUGUAAGUGUAAUAUGGAAUAUUUACGUCAAUACAGCAGUGACUAUUUGCCAUAGUUAUGACAGAGGAACUUGUAGAACGGAUUUUUUCUCUUUUCGCGCGCAAAAGCACCAUUAUCACAAGCACUGUUAAAAGUACUCUUGCGAAAGAAAUAGCGAUUUUCCUGUCACAAGAAACAUCAAUUUCUUAGUCCUUAGUUCAAUAUAUUUAUUCCAGAUAUUUAUUUGAGAAAAUUUUGAGAAGAUUAUAUUAUUUGAAUUCAUAUAAUAACUAUAUGUGAAAUUUUUUGGAUGAGAGUUGUCAAUAUGUAGGAUAUUAAGUAUCCUGAGAGAAAAAUAACAUUGAAUCAAAGACUAAUACGUAAUUGAUGCUUGCGAACUUCGAAAAUCUUUAUCGGAGAAACACAGGUCUAAUAAUCUAAGUGCAUUAAUGAGAUAAUGUUAACAGCCGCGAAGCGAGAAAGGAUAUAACUUUUUCUUGCGCCUUUAGAAGUAACGGCACGCGCAAAGAAAAGGAAGGAUACAAAAAAAGAACGUGAGAGGAAGAAUAUUACGUAUGGGUACAUAACACGCAAGUAGCAUUAGAUUGGAAAGAAAGAUACUCUUAAUUAUUAACCGUACAUCCUCAGAGAGUUGUGUAAAUAUGUACAGAUUUAAAAUAAAAAGGAAGAAUAAGAAAAAAGGAAAAAAAGGAAAAGAUUAGGCAAAAGAAUAUUAAUGAUCUAUUUAUACAAUGGAUAUUUAGAACUUUCCUGUAGUAUUGAAACCUUUAGAGUGAGUGCCCUUUUAGAAAAAGAGAAGAAAGAUAUACAAGAGAAAAUACACACACGCACAACAUACACACACACACACACGUACACAGUUUUUAUCUUUCCACCUUACUGACGCUGUAUGAAAGGAGAAUAUUAUAACGUAAAUAAAUUAUUCUUGGACACUCGUUUUAUACCUGCAGGUUACUCAUUGCACAAAGUAAACGCGUCAGGCAAAAAUUAGCGGAAAAUGUAUCAUCUCUCCCCCUCCCUCCCUUCCUUUUCUCAUAUAAAGUAGGUUCGUUAUAUUUGAAAAUGACACCGACGUGAGUAAAGUCUUGCUUAUAAUCAUUAGCUUGAUUAAACACAAUUCCAUAAUAUUUGUAUCUAUUGUAUUUUCUAAUUUUCUUUUUUUUCAACGUAUGUAUUAUCUCGGCAUUUUUAUUCUUCACACGAAUGUAAUAGAGUUUUGCUGAUCAAUCCGCCUCUGUCAUGCCGCGGGGAGCGACCUUCUCAUACGUAAUUUAAUUUUGAAAAUUAUUCAAUCGCUCAAUACGCGAUUAUAUUUGGAAUUGUGACUUAAAAGACUUACGAUGCAUUUGUUACCCUACGUACUUCCUCCGAUAGGACAAUUCGAUUUUCCUUGCUCCAUCUCGAAGGAACGAAGAUCGAACAUCUCGAUAUCAAGCGACACGAUAGCGUUUUAUGCAAAUUGCGUGCACACAUAAAAGUGUAUACGAGAGCUGUGUAUAAUUGUAUGUAAUACUUGAUGUGCAUACUUGAACGCAGACAAGAUCUUCGUACCGCUGUUCGCGGCCAGACCGGAUUGGAUUCCGAGUGUGCUCGAUUAAUUGCUCUCGGAAUCCUAUUAUGUAAGAAAACUGUUUGAUCUUUACGGGAAUUAUCCGUCUAUUUGCACUUUGUACACCGAUGAUAUAUUUUUAUAUAUAUACAGAUAUCGUUUUCUUAAAUAUAUAUGUAUAUAUAAUAUGUUAUACAUUAUAUA